AUGGUUUGGGGAGGUAUUUCCCCUUACGGGGUGUCCCCGUUGGUCUUUUUAAAUGGAAAUCAAGACUCUCGCAAGUACUGCGCAACCCUCGACCAAGCUUUACUUCCCUUCGCAGCGGAGAUGUAUGGCGAAAUGGCCACUUGGGUUUACAAGCAAGAUGGUGCCUCUACUCAUAGGGCUACAUAUACGCGCUCAUGGCUAACUCAGAAGGGUGUAAGGACUAUGGAUUGGGGGGCAAAGUCGCCUGAUCUCAAUGUAAUAGAGAACAUUUGGGGCAUCAUGGCGUGCCGCGUUUAUCUUCGUCAAAGGCAGUUCGAUACUGUAGACCAACUUAAGGAGGUCAUUGAGGAGGUAUGGGCGACAAUUAGUGGAGAACUCCUAGAGAGCCUUUGUCGUAGCAUACCUCGCCGUAUGCUUGCAGUGCUGGAUGGACAAGGGCGUGCGACAAAGUACUAA